AACCAAAAAAAAAACUCACAAUAACAAAAAACAACGUCAAGCAACAAGAAAUUUAUUAUGAGAAAAAUAACAACAACCACUUAUGCAGAGAAAUAUUAUAAAAAAGACAAACAAAGCAAAAACAAAAAAUGUCAUGAGAGUGCAUGAGAAUGUGUGAGUGUUAAAAGCAACAAUACAAUAGCAAAAAAAAAUAAAACAUUUUUGUUGUGGAAGAUAAAGCAAGCAAAGCAAAAACAACAAGAAAAUGUACAGAGGAAAAAAAGCGGCGUCAGUGGAUUUAAUUUGUUGAGUGUGUAAAGAGCAAAGAAAAAAGAAGGCAAUGAUUGUUAAGAAGAAAUUAAACAAAAUUUAUUAUUAAUUAAAUAAAAAUUAUAAAAUUUAACUCGAGAAAAGAAAGAAAAGUUUAUACUAAAGUACGAAAUAAUAAAACAAAGAAAUAAUUACAACAAGUUAAAAAAAAAGAAACAAAGAAAAUUUUUAGUGUUUAUGGUUUUGUGUUUUCUAUGAAAUCUCAAGUUAACAAAAUGAUCAACACUUUAUUGGAGCAUGUGCCCAUUAAAAUGGAAGUUACUGAAGUGGAGGAAGAGGAGGUCAAUGAGAGACCAGCUAAAGACUUGAAGGCAGUAGAAAUGGCUAAAGAAGAUGAGGAUAUAAAUGAGACAGAUGAAGAUUUGGAUGAUGAGGAUGAAGAUGAUGAAGAAGACGAUGAGGAUGACGAAGAAGAUGAGGAUGAAGAAGAAGAGGAGUCUGAUACCGAAACCGAUGCCUUAGAAAUUGAGCAAGAAGCCACCAUGUUAAUAAGCAGUGAUGAAGAAGCUGAAUUGGAAGCCCAAAGAAUACGCUUCCCGGACAAAAUCGAAGGCAAGAAAUCCAGACGCGAUUCCUUAAAAACAUCACGCAGUUCUUCCAGGAAUAGCCAAAAUAGUAAUAGCUCUUCCACUAAAUCUGUUAACAAACUAAAAAACACAGAUGAAAACAACAAAGAGGAAACUCAACAGAAACAAAGAAUUUCACCUCGCCUCAAGCUGGCAGAGAACACUUUAGCAGCCGAAAACUUACAAAAAGAGCCACACAAUAACAACAACAACAACACUAACACUAUAACAGAAAAGAAAACGCAAAAUAAAUUACAGGAAAAUAAUGACAAAAACAAUAAACCCCCUACAGCGGAAGAAAUCAGCAAAACAUUGGAGCUCAAUAAAGUAAAUUCCAGCCAACCUGUAACACUCUCCAUUCCUCCAGCCAAAAGUCGCCGUGGUAGUAAUAACUCCACCUGUAGUCUAGCUUCCACUAUAGGCUCUGAUACUUCGGAAACAGAAUCCUGUGGCAAUAUAUACGUUUUCAAUCUACAACAAAAACUCAUAUUCAAUUGUGAGUUCUGUGAUCUGAAAUAUGGUGAUUUGGAAAACUUUGGUCGACAUCUCCAUGAGGCCCAUAAACUCUUCCAUUUCGAUGAAGAUCCUGAAAAGGAAAAUGCCCCGCGUAAUGUACGUAAAAGCAAUCGUAAUAAUGCGCCAAAAGUAAACACCACCUCUAUCAAGAAAGAACCUCUACAAUGUUUUGAUUCAACAACUAUGGCGCCAGAACCACCUGUUGCCUUGCCUCUAUCCGUUUUAGCCGAACCACUAGAAUCGUGUGGCAAUGUUUUCAUGCUGAAUCAUCGUAAAUUGUUUUUAGUCUGUGGCUAUUGUGAGUGUAAAUAUGCGAAUUUGGAUUUGUUUGAGAAACAUUUGCGUCAACAGCAUCGCAUUUUUGAGGGUUGUCGCAAUGAGUUGAAUGUGGUGCCUAAAGUGGAGAUAAAACAAGAAAUGUUUGUUAUUAGUGAUGUGGUGGGUGGUCAAUCAAGUCGUGCUGCUCCUCAGGCUAUGGUUUCCAUACCAGCAGAAAUUCCUUUAGAUAUUAGCAUAUCUCCAGAAAAUGAGGCUGCCACUUUAGCUGCUUUAGAUGAAACUUUGGAUAUGGAAGAUAUUAACCCGGAACAGCCUACUACUUCAACUUUAACUUCUAGCAGUUCUUUGGCUGCUAAAAUAGGUGCUGAUUCGAUGGAGGCAAUUAUUACAAAUGAUAAUUUCAAUUCUAAUGAAAAUGACACGGAUAUUCCAACAACUGUUGCUCCUAAGAAAACCAGAAAUAAAAGACGCACUUCACCCUUAAAACCUUUAGUUUCACCUAAUAAAAGACCGAAAAGAAAUACCAGGAAUACUGCCAAAGUUCAGGAGGAGCCCAACCCUACAGUUGUAAAUAUCUCGGAAAGAAUCGUUCCUGCAGGAACAACUCAAGUUAUGGAAACUGUAAAUAUCAUUGAAGCUGUAAAAACUAUAGAUAAUGAAGACAACAAAUCAGCCAGCAGCAAUCAAGAAAUUACAGUAUCUAGGGAAUCCGAAAACAUAAUAAAAAUGCCUGAAAUUAAUGAAACAAUUCCGCCAAAAACUACAGAAACUAAAGUAAGCAAGAAACGCACAAAAUCCACAGAAUCAAAAAGAACAGCAUCUCCAGAAGCAAUAGAAAUUAAGAAAUCUACAAAAUCAACGGAAUCUAAUAAGGAAACUGCGACAGAAACUGAAGAACUCAAGGAACCUACAAAAUCUACUGAAUUGAGGAAAACACCUUCUAUAGAAACUACAGAGGUCAAGAAACUUACUAAGACAAUAGAAAUUAAGAAAUCCACAUCUCCAGAAACAAUAGAAACCAAGAAAACUGCAAAAACCGCACAAAAUAAAGCUGCAACUGUUGUGGAUACGACAAAACAUAAGGAAAAUAAGAAAGCGACAAAAGCUGCAGAAGCCAAGAAACCAGCAGAAUCGGUAGAACCAGCUGAAAGUAAAGAAACCACAAAAACAAAUGAAGCAAUAGCUGUGGUUAAUGAGGUAUCUACAGAGUGCUCUCUAUUGACAAAGUCUAACGAAACAAAGCGACCAACAACUCCUGCAGAAACUGCAGGAAAUAAAAAGGCAAGAAAAACAAUUAAGGCACAAGAAACCAAGAAACCAGUAAUACAAGAAAUGCAAGAAACAGUAGAAACGAAAGAAUCAAGGAAACUUGCGAAAACAGAAGCUACAGCAAAGGUAGAAGUCAAAACAACGACAAAAUUGCAAGAAUCUAAUGAGGAAGCAACUGCUGUAGAGUGCACAGCAACCAAAGCCAGAAGAAAAUCAACAAGAGCGGUGGAUUUAAAUAAACCAGCAACACCAGAACCAGUAGAAGUUGUUGAAAACCAAAAACCUACAAAAUCAGAAGCAGCAACAACGCAAGAAACAAAAAGAGCUAGGAAAGCAAUAAAAGUUGUAGAAGCUGAAGAGGAACCUGUACAAGAACCUGCAGUAGAAACUGUAGAAACAAAGAAACCUACAAACUCAGAACCGGCAACAACGCAAGAAACAAAAAGAGCUAGAAAAUCAAUAAAAGUAGUAGAACCUAUAGAGGAACCUAUAACAACACAGGAACCGGCAGCAACUAAAGAAACCAGCAGAAAGUCUAGCAAACCGGCAGAAAUUAAAAAACUUACCAAACAGGAAGUAACUGAAACCGAACUAGAGCCGGAAACUAGUGAUAAUGAAAUGCAAUGUGAUGAAUGCGAUAAGAAAUUUACACGAAGAGAAAGUUUAAAAAUCCACAAGAGAGUACACACCGGCGAAAAACCCUUCCAGUGUGAUAUUUGUCAAAAAAGUUUCCGAGCCAAACAAAACCUGACCAUGCACAAAAAGUUUCACAUGGGAGAGGCUUCGAAAAACUUUGAAUGUGAACAUUGCGAUAAAAAGUUUCUACGUAAUACCGAUCUUAAGGUGCAUAUGAGAACGCAUACGGGUGAAAAGAAAUUCAAAUGUGGCAUUUGUCUACAGGGUUAUGCUUCCAAACUUAAUGUCCAAACACACAUUGAAAGAGACCAUUUGCCAGAGGAUGGUGUGGUGGGUAAACCGCCUAGAGGUAAAAAGAAAUCAGGACCCAAUUCUAAGGUUUUAAGAGAAGAAUUGGAAUAUCAAAAGAAAAUAAUACACGAACUGCAACAGGCUAAGAUAGAGAAGGAUAUUAAUAAAACUACUUUGGGUACAGCUCCAGCAGCAACAGCUCUUAGUGUAGAAAAGCAAUUGCAGGCAGAAACCCUUCAUUAUCAGCAGCAGCAGCAGGAUACCGAAAUGCAAGAUCUUAAUGCUGAUCCUGUCAAUGAUAUUAUAGAACAAAUACAAAAUGAAAUACUUUUAGGCGAACAGCAAAGACAACCGGAAAAUACACAAGUCAAUGCCGUAACCUAUAUCAUUAAUACGAUGUCUGAACCCAAUGAAGUAUUAAAUCUAACAAAUGAUACAACUAACAAGACAACCCUUAUACUAGAGCCACAGCCCAAUGAAUUAUUAAAUUCUCCUGAAGAUAUUAAACCCACUUUAAUGCAGGUAGUUAAACGUUAUUGCUGUGAACAGUGUAAUCGCUCCUUUAAGAAACACAUACGUCUGGUGGAACAUCAACGCGUGCAUACGGGUGAAAAACCUUUUGAAUGUGAUGAAUGUGGCAAACAGUUUCGCAUACGCAUGCGUUUAAGUGAACACAAACUACGACAUUCCAAGGAAAAGAAAUUCAAAUGUGAAGUCUGUAAUCUGGGCUGUUGUACUAAACAGGAUUUAAAUCUACACAUGCGUCAUCAUACCAAUGACAGACGUUUCCAAUGUUCCAUGUGCCCCAAGGCAUUUGUACGUAGUUCAGAUUUGAAAAUACACGUACGCGUUCACACCGGUGAGAAGCCCUUCGUUUGUGAUAUUUGUCACAAAUGUUUCCGAGCCAAUCAGAAUCUAAGUGUUCACAAAAAAUCUCAUAUGGGUGAUGCUUCCAAAACCUAUCAAUGUGAACAUUGUGAUAAGAAAUUUAUGCGUAAUAUUGAUCGUAAAGUUCACAUGAGAACUCAUACUGGAGAAAAGCCUUAUAAAUGUGAGAUAUGUCAACGUGGUUACUCUUCUAGAUAUAAUGUACGCGCUCAUAUAGAAAGAGAUCAUAUAUCGCCUCAUGGCGUUGGAUCGCCACCUAAAAAAAAGCGUCCUGGACCUAAACCUAAAGGUUUAAAGGCUGAAUUGGAAAAACAAAAGAAACUUAUAGAGGAACUACAAAAUCAACUAUUACAACAAAUUAAAACUGAUGAAAAAAUCAUUAACUGUGAAGAGGAAAUCUUACCCCAUGAUACUCUACAAGAUAGCACCAUAACGGCUUCCACACCUUUAAUCAGCAGCUCCAACAUAAGCCAUGAUCCCAUACAAAGUGCUUAUGAUUUACUAAAUAAACUCAAAUCGGCCUCAACUACCUCUAAACCUUUAACUAUAAUACCCUCUCCACCACCUCUAAAGGACAUUGGCUCUAAUCCCUUUACCAAAGCCAAAAGGCCGCCACUUCCACAUUACUACCUCUUACUAUAACACAAAAAAAUUGAACAACAUUCACCGGCUCCUUCAACGGCCUCCUCUAACACGUCACUAUCAUGUCUCAGUACACCCUCACCACCCAAGACCACAGCCACUAAAGUAGUGUCACAAAAAACCUCUUUAGGUAUACAACAAGUAUCGGUGACAGUGUCUA